GCGUGCAUGCGUGCGCGCGCAGACGUGCUAUCCCCACUCUAUCCCCACCAUCGCGACAGCGAUGUAGCUGGUAGUCCAAGCUGGCAUCACUGGUCCGGACCCCUGAUCCCAAUCCAUCGCGGAGGAGGGGGUGUCAGGUCUUGCGGCAUCCCCCUCCUCCGAGCCAUGAGACGCGAUCCACCUGUUGGCGGGAGAGCUCCCCCCCGCGCGGGCGGGUCCGGUCUCACCUCCGGCAACCUCUCUAGGCGGACGACUGCGCGCCUGAUCCCGAGAGCUCGGGCAAAAUCAAACCCGCCGCCGCCCGCCCGUUUCUGGUCCCCGGGGCCAGGUGGCGGGUCGUCGGUCCUACCCAUAGUGUAAGGAUUACAUGGUGUGCUCAAUUGCCUGGGGGAAUUCGGGUAAUGACGUCACUCGUGUCGAAUUGUGUAAACAGAGUAGCCAACGUCUAGAAGUAAAACAUUUUGGUGUUGUAAUAUUGGCACAUGUUCAUGCAUCCUUGUCACACUCAUGCCGCUUAUGCUACUCGUGUUUAAGUACGGUACAUUGUUUGUGGUAAACAGUGAUAAACAGUGGUACACAGACAAUAUAUAAAUUUAAAAUAAAAAUGGUGCGAUGUAUUAUUAAAAGUUGUAGGAAUAAAACAACGGGGGUUCGUAAGGAAGUUGUGAAUUUUUUUCAGCUACCGAAAAAUGAAGUGAUGUGGGAAGGAUGGCUGAAAAAAAUAGGAGGCUAUGUUUUACCACCAAAAGUUGAAUUUGCAAGGAUAUGCUCAGUUCACUUUAGUCAAGAGUCCUUUCAUCAAGGUCGAGCACGGAAAGACCCUGUUAAGAAACGCCACCUACUACCAUCGGCUGUGCCAACGUUGUUUUUGAAUUGUUCGGAAGCUCAAAAUGUAAACAAGAAUGCGGUGGCUGAACCGAACCUCAAGUUCAAUGUCCUCGGACGAGAAUUCCCAUUAGUUGUCAAUUCUGAAAGAAGAAUAGGAUCUUCAGAUACAAUUUCACCAUCAACUUCUCAUGUAGUUGUAGAAGACAACAUUGUAAAUAUUAGUACGCCAAAAGGAAUACGUAGGAGGUAAAUAUU